UCAGGCGGUUCAGAGUCGCUUAAUCCAGCGCUUUAGUCUAAAACGCUCUUUUAAUUUCAGUUAUUAACGGCUUUUAAACGAUAUUCCAUGUGAGCAGGGCUCCAAUCAAUUUCGCGUGUGAAAAUUUAUCAAUUGUGCUUUUAGCAGACAUUUGUUUUAGAUCCCAAAGUGCAAAGGUUCUUUUUAAAAAUUAAUACCUAAAGUACCAAGGUUUAUUAACCGAAAAUAAAACUCAAAAUGGGUAAUUCCAGUUCCAUUUGUGCCGAACGCAACGCCAUAAGGAAUUUUGAUGAAAACGGCACGCCGGUAUAUCCGACAGCCAAUAAUUCCCAGAGUCCUUCCCAUGGCCAAAUAACGCCAAUGCACACACACCACCACGAGAAAGAGCGGGAGCACGGCUACUACAAGACCACAAUUCCCGUUGGAAGCUCUUUGAGCGCCAGCAGCACCGGGGAGAGCAACGGUUGUGCUCACUGCCAAGACCGAACAGCUGAUAUGCGCUCCUCUCCCAUGAACAAGAACAACAAUGCACACCCAACACUCACGGAGAGCCUAACGUGUGGUUGUAGUAGUCGUGCGUGUAAAAAUCAUACGACUACAACGACAACCACACUCGAAUACGAACUUUCCAAUUUCGCAAAACUAACGACACGAAUCACAACGCAAAGCAACGCCGAAGUCGCAACAUCGACGUACACGGAUACGGAUAGGGACAGGGAUACGAAUACGGAUCAGGGUGAUAUAGCCAUAGCCAGCGAUUUGCCCAAAGGACUUCCGUUAUCCUCGCGACAUCACUGGAAUCAGCUGCAGCGCAGUUUGCACGCCCUCCACCACCAACAACAGCAACAUCAGAUACGUUCUUACAGCAGUGAUACCCAUACAAAAUCAGAAGCCAAUAUGAGUAAACCAGUGACGAGUCUGGAUAAAUACGCCCAGGUACGAGAUCGCCUGGGACUUUGGGGCACUGGCGACAAUGAAGUCGUCGGCAGCAUCUCCGGAUUUGACCGACUUUACAACAAGCGCUACUCAAAGGGUUUGGCUUUCACCCACGAGGAGCGCCAGCAGUUGGGCAUCCAUGGACUGCUGCCCUACGUGGUUCGCGAGGCCGACGAGCAGGUGGUGCACUGCCGCGCUCUGCUGGAUCGCCUGGACCGGGACCUCGACAAGUACAUGUACCUGAUCAGCCUUUCGGAGAGGAACGAGCGGCUCUUCUACAAGCUCCUGAGCACCGACAUCGCUCACAUGAUGCCGCUGGUGUACACGCCCACCGUGGGAUUGGCCUGCCAGCGGUACAGCUUGAUCUACCAGAACGCCAAGGGCAUGUUCAUCUCGAUCAAGGACAAGGGCCACGUCUACGAUGUGCUGAAGAACUGGCCGGAAUCGGACGUUCGUGCGAUCGUGGUGACGGACGGCGAGCGCAUCCUGGGAUUGGGCGAUCUGGGUGCCAACGGCAUGGGCAUUCCCGUGGGAAAGCUCUCCCUUUACACGGCCUUGGCGGGCAUUAAGCCAUCGCAGUGCCUGCCCGUCACUCUGGAUGUGGGCACCAACACCGAGUCCCUGCUGGAGGAUCCCCUGUACAUUGGUCUCCGCGAGCGCAGGGCCACUGGAUCUCUCUACGAUGAUUUCAUCGAUGAGUUCAUGCACGCCUGCGUCCGUCGCUUCGGCCAGAACUGCCUGAUCCAGUUCGAGGACUUUGCCAAUGCCAACGCCUUCAGGCUGCUGUCCAAGUACAGGGAUAACUUCUGCACCUUCAACGAUGACAUCCAGGGAACCGCUUCGGUUGCAGUGGCUGGUCUGCUGGCCUCGCUGAAGAUCAAGAAGACCCAGCUGCGCGAUAAUACUCUGCUCUUCUUGGGCGCUGGAGAGGCUGCUCUGGGUAUUGCCAACCUGUGCCUGAUGGCCAUGAAGGCGGAGGGUCUCUCCGAAGAGGAGGCCAAGAGCCGCAUCUGGAUGGUGGACAGCCGUGGUGUCAUUGUUCGCGAUCGCCCAAAGGGCGGACUCACCGAGCACAAGCUGCACUUUGCCCAGCUGCACGAGCCCAUCGAUACCUUGGCCGAGGCGGUGCGCAAGGUGCGUCCGAAUGUCCUGAUCGGAGCCGCUGCCCAGGGUGGAGCCUUCAACCAGGAGAUCCUCGAGCUGAUGGCCGACAUCAACGAGACCCCGAUCAUCUUUGCCCUGUCCAAUCCGACCAGCAAGGCGGAGUGCACCGCCGAGGAGGCGUACACCUUCACCAAGGGCCGCUGCAUCUUCGCCAGCGGAUCGCCUUUCGCCCCGGUCACCUACAACAACAAGACCUACCAUCCGGGUCAGGGCAACAACUCGUACAUUUUCCCCGGCGUUGCUUUGGGUGUUUUGUGCGCCGGCAUGCUGACCAUUCCCGAGGCUGUCUUCCUGGUCGCCGCUGAGCGUCUGGCGGAGCUGGUCUCCAAGGAUGACCUGACCAAGGGCAGCCUGUACCCGCCCCUCAACUCGAUUGUCGGCUGCUCGGUGGCCAUUGCCGAGAAGAUCGUGGAGUACGCCUACAAGAACGGCUUGGCCACCGUUCGCCCGGAGCCGACCAACAAGCUGGCCUUCAUCAAGGCACAGAUGUACGACCUGGACUACCCGCGCUCCGUGCCCGCCACCUACAAGAUGUAGAUCCAGAUGGAGAUCCAUUCCGCCAGAAUUCCCAGAGGAAGAAGUGAAAACCAAAGGAGUGGCCAUCGCAGAUAUUCGGCAAAGGGCGGCGAGCAGUUACCCAUGUUAUUUAUUUUAUAUUGUCGCACAUCUGUCGUCUAGCAUAUAGCAAAAUUUCUAACGCGCCUAACCAACAAACCACACUAUCCACCAACCACUAGCCCCUGUUCGCAGCCCCAUACAUUAUUAUUUGGAAGAAGAAAGUGAAAAUUUAGAAUGUCAUUAACACGCGGCGAACAAUUUUGUAUGAUGUUGACUCUAUGUAAAUGGGAUAUUGAUCUAUUAGAUAUGUAAACAAAUUUUAUGUAAUCUUGAACAACACAAACUACUCUAAGAAACUACAAAUAAAAAUAUUAUAAAAAAAAUA